AUGUCAGCCAGAAAGGGCUAUCUGCUCCCUUCGCCAAAUUAUCCCACAACAAUGUCAUGCUCGGAGAGCCCUGCCGCGAACUCUUUUUUGGUCGACUCUCUCAUCAGCUCCGCCAGAGGCGAGGCGGGUGGCGGUGGCGGUAGCGCGGGGGGCGGCGGAGGCGGCUACUACGCCCACAGCGGGGUCUACCUGCAGCCAGCCAGCGACCUGCCCUACGGGCUGCAAAGCUGCGGGCUUUUCCCCGCGCUGGGCAGCAAGCGCAAUGAAGCGCCGUCGCCUGGAGGCGGUGGUGGUGGUGGUGGUGGUGGUGGUGGAGGUAGCAGCGGGGGUAUGGGUCCCGGGGCUCAUGGCUACGCGCCCGCGCCCCUAGACCUGUGGCUGGACGCACCCCGCUCCUGCCGGAUGGAACCGCCCGACGGGCCGCCGCCACCGCAGCCACAACCCCAGCAGCAGCAGCCGCCCCCGCCGCAGCCGCCCCAACCCCCGCCACAGGCCACUUCGUGUUCUUUUGCGCAGAACAUCAAAGAAGAGAGCUCCUACUGCCUCUACGAUUCUGCGGACAAAUGCCCCAAAGGCUCGGCCGCCGCCGACCUGGCUCCUUUCCCGCGGGGCCCGCCGCCCGACGGCUGCACCCUGGGCUCAUCUAGCGGAGUGCCAGUGCCGGGCUACUUCCGCCUGUCCCAGGCCUACGGCACGGCCAAGGGCUUCGGCGGCAGCGGCGGCGGCGGCACGCAGCAGCUCGCCAGUCCCUUCCCUGCGCAGCCCCCGGGGCGCGGCUUCGACCCGCCGCCGGCACUGGCCACGAGCUCGGCGGAGGCAGCCGGGAAGGAGCGAGCCCUCGACUCCACGCCUCCGCCCACGCUGGUUUGCACCGGUGGUGGCGGCGGCGGAGGCUCGCAGGGCGACGAGGAGGCGCACGCGUCAUCCUCGGCAGCUGAGGAGCUGUCCCCGGCCCCCUCGGAAAACAGUAAAGCCUCGCCGGAGAAGGACUCCCUGGGCAAUUCCAAAGGCGAAAAUGCAGCCAACUGGCUCACGGCAAAAAGCGGCCGGAAGAAACGCUGCCCUUACACGAAGCACCAGACGCUGGAACUGGAGAAGGAGUUUCUAUUCAACAUGUACCUUACUCGAGAGCGGCGCCUAGAGAUCAGCCGCAGCGUCCACCUCACGGACAGACAAGUGAAAAUCUGGUUUCAGAAUCGCAGGAUGAAACUGAAGAAAAUGAACCGAGAAAACCGAAUCCGGGAGCUCACAGCCAACUUUAAUUUUUCCUGA